AUGCAAUUGAAAGAAUGCUCAUUAAUAAAAUAUCACAAUCAAAGGAAAGUAAUAAUAAACGUACACAAAAAAAGAUUUAUUAAAAACCAUGUUGUGCAAUCUACGUUUUGCAGUAAUGAGCACAGAAAUAAUCCCCCCCCCCAAAAAAAGAAGACAUCAGAGUUGAAUAAUAAUUCGCUCUCUUUUUUUUCAACAUUUAUCUUGCCAGUUGUUCAAAAAUGUGAACAUGAUGAUGAUGAUUUGA